CGUCCAUAUCCCCAACGCAACUCCUCGAUCAUGGACGUGACAUCCGACGUUAUGGCGGAGACAUACCAAGAUGCCGAUGCUGUGGCACUUCAGCUACAUGCGAUAGCGUCUGAUAUCCAGCCGUUCGUUGAGCAAGUGUUGGAAGGACUGCCCCCAUUUUUACAGUGCACGUCAAUCUCGCUUGUCGUCCAGGCGAUGCGCCAGGCAAGAAGUGUCGCCGUCAGCCAACGGGUGCUGGACGAGACACUUGUACUCGCAACUGCAGGCCUGAGUCAUCUGCUCUCGACCAAGCAUAACCCAUCCAUGCCCAGCGAAUUCCACGCCUUGCAUUCAAAACGCGAGGCGUCCCAAGCUAAGUUACAGACGCGCGCCCGGCGCAUCCAAGCCAAGUGGUUUAAUGCUCGGUUUCGAACGCUGUCGUGUCUCCCCAAACUCGAACUUUCCCCCUUCAGCUUGCGUGAACCGGAUCCGGUGGAAUUGCCGUCGACUCGUUUGGACAGUGCAUUGCUGGACAAGGAGAUCGCAGCGUACACGAGUCAAUUGGAGGUUCGUGUGAGUCAAAGUCGAGACCAUCGGCGCCGUGUGGCCGCGGAAACAAUGCAUCUCCAGAAAACCGACCUUGCCCGUCGCAAGCGCCAGCUGCACGUGAAGCAAACUCGGUUCGAGCACGCGCAACAUCGAUGGGAGUACUUGUUGCAACAACUCUGUCGUCGCCAGCGCCAGCGUCGCCUGACUGACGUCAAAGCUACCCAUACUCGACACGGGUACGCCCAAGAAGAUACAGACGUGCUUCGAUCAACGUUUUCCCCCCGCGGCGGCGGCGGCCACCGUCGUCCUUCAAGGCUGCCCCACCGUGACAAGAUGGAAGACUACGUUGCCAACAUCCUCAACCACGCCGUGUUGCGUGCGUCGUGGGUGCUGGAAAUGCAAGCUCUUCCCCACCGCCCCGACUUGAAGUGUCUAUUAUCGUUGCCCCCUCAACAAGAUCAUCAGCGUCCCCUUGUCCUGCACGUGGCCAUGCUGCUGUGUCCAAACCUGUUUGGUCCGCACUUUGGCCUAUUGUACCAGCAGUACUUUGCCAAGCACGCCGUCGACGCCAACGUAGUCUUCGAGUGGACCACCGUAGACGUUGCGAGCCUCGACUUCCCCACGCAAGCCUUGCAGCGCUGCCUCGACGGGUUCUUUGUAUGCGGCGCUCCGGACGUGUCUUCCGCCAACCGUCUCACGUCCGCGCCGUGGUAUGGCGCGCUCGUCGACUUUGUGCGCGCCUUGGUAGCCCAGGACCGACCGGUGGGAGCCCUUGGGCGCGGCCACGUCGUCUUGGCCGAGGCGCUAGGCGGCCGCAUCGAUCGACGACCGACGUGGCAGCGCGCCCACAAUAUGCUCGAGGAAAAGGUGACCACCGGAUUCAAACAAGUGCAGACACGGGUGCGCGUACUGCACACGUUGCAUGGCGAGUACGUGGCGUCGAUGGCGGCGCAUCCGUGGAUCCGCACCACGACGAGCAUGCCGGUUCCAGGCUCCAUGUACGCGUUUGUGUCAUCCAUCAAGGCACCUAAGCGCGUCUUGUCGUUCGACGGGUACCCUGAGUGCAGCAGCCUUGUGUUUGACAUGUUGUCUCGCCUUGUCGAUCCCGACCAUUCGACGUCGGUGUUGUUCGAGAAAGCGUCGACCACCGGCGGCUCCCUUGCGCUCGACUGGGUCAGUGCCGGUCCCGGUGUCGCCCACCAGUUCAUCCAUCUGUUCGUCCCUGGCGCCGUCGCGCGUGCCAAAGCCGGUCCGUGUCCGUCGGUGCUCCACGACGACGACCCCCGCGCCGUCGUCCCCAUGGCUAUCUUCGCCUCCAAGUCGCCCAUCCCCCAUGUCGACUUUAUCUCGGACACGGACGAGUACUUUUCGUUUGCGUUGCAUGAACACGUCGACUCGAUCGUGCUUGGCCUCAACUUGUCCAAGGACGACCACCCGAUUGUGUUUCCCCGGUCUUGUCUGAACGACAUGACCGAUGUCGCAGACGUGUUUCCAGCGCUGUUGUCGUCCAAGCACCACAAACACCCCCUCUUGGUGCACAUUCCACGGCUCACGCUCGUGGAACUCAAGUCGCUGACCAUUCUGCACGCCUACCAAAGCCGCCACGUGAUGAAGUCGCCUCGCGUCAUCCCUGGCAGCUCCCCCAGCAGCCACAACCGACUGCUCACGCUCUGCUCUGCGCUCACACGGCUCGCAGACAUCCACGCGCGACUGCCACCCCCUCCAACCAAGUCGGCCAUCGUUCGCCCCCUCCAUGUGACCCUCAUAUUCCCGGGCGAAGAUGCCUCUUCGUUUGUCAAGUACUCGCCCCAGGACCUUCAAAAGUGGUGGCGGGUGCUCAAUGGCGCGAUCGCCGCGCUGCACCAGCCGCCGCCGUCCAAGCUGACAAUCGUGUCGCGGGACGCCACGAUGCUCCAAGUGCUGCGAAAGAUGCAGCCGGCCUGGGACUUUUUGUUCGUCCUCCCCCCGGCGGCCGCGACGGUCCAAGACGCGGUGGACAUCCGACGGCAGGCCAAAGUCGUCGCGCGCUUCGCGGACGGCGUGCUGCUUCAAAAGCACCACGAAUUCAUCGCGUGUUCUCGCUCGAUGUCGCCCCCCGUCGGCCUCCACGUCCACCCGCUGUCGAUCGUCGACCUGUACCACGAGGUCGGGCUGCGGGUGUACGUGAACGCCAACGGUCCGGACGCGGUGACGUUCCUGGGACCAUCCAGCGGUCCCGUACGGGAACAAGUGGCAUUUUUGCUCCUGGGCGUCGACGGGGUCUUCACGUCCAACCCCCAUCCGGUUCAAGACGCCAGGAAACUGCUUGCUGACCGCCAUUCAGUGGUGGACGAAGUACGAGAUGCGAUUCGCGCGCAUGGCCGUGCCGCGAUGGCGCAAGUGGAGGCGGACCAUGCGGCGGAAAGCGACCGCCUGACAAACGUAGACGGGUACCGGCUGUAUGCCCACCACUACUACAACCUGCCCCUUGAAUCCCACGAAGUCGACCAGUGGCAACAACACACACAUCCUCUUCAGUCGCAGCAUUCGUCGCUUGUGCUCUCUGGUGACACGGUCCUGGACUACAUGGAACGCCUCCAUGCCGUCGACGUCCCGACGGAAGCGCACCGCCAGCUCCAAAGCCACGCAACGGUGUCUCCAGUCAAAACAGACAACCAGCGGCGCGACUUGCACAUGGCCGUGAAAAACCCCACCUUGGACCAAGUGAGACGGGAUAAGCCCGUCAAGGUGGGCAAACGCAACCGCAGCGUCGGGUUCGCUUUCCGCAGUCGCCACCUUGUCGUGAAUAACGACGACGAAUCCAACUGGAGGUCGCUUGCCGUGCACCACAUUCCCACUCCACCACCCAAAUCCCCGCAGCAUCCGCGCACAAGCCACCCAGUCACACAUAUCCAACUCAUGGAACGUGACCACGUCACCCCCAUGUCAUCACUUGAAACACGGACACCAUCCAUGACUUUGUCAGACAAAGCCACACCUCGACGUCGACGGGUCCUACACAGCAUAAACCUGCCAGUGUGCUCAAUAUGACGAUGGUCCUGGCUUCCUCUUGGUUACAUAUAAACGUUUGAUUGGCCA